AUGCCUAAGGAAACCACCAAGCGCGGUAAGGCCGGCAAGGUUGAGAAGAGAAAGACAAAGAAGGACCCCAACGCCCCCAAGCGCGGUCUCUCUGCCUACAUGUUCUUCGCCAACGAGCAGCGCGAGAAUGUCCGUGAUGAGAACCCCGGUAUCUCCUUCGGUCAAGUCGGCAAGAUUCUGGGUGAGCGAUGGAAGGCCCUGAACGACAAGCAGCGUACCCCCUACGAGGCCAAGGCUGCUGCCGACAAGAAGCGCUACGAGGACGAGAAGCAAGCCUACCAGGCCGAGGAGGAAUAG